AUGGCAAUCCGCUGCAACUCUUGUCAAAAUGUGUGCCUUCCUCACCAUGUUGGCACUUGCAAGAAGUGUUACGAUGGAGUCCGCGAGGCUAAGGAAGAGCUCAUGGAGGAGAUCAAUGUCCUUAAGGCCAAAGUUGAUUUCCUUCGCUUAUCGUCUUCUCUCGAUCAUGGCAGUAGCUCCAAGUCAUUCACUGACGUUGUUCUCAUCGCUUAUUCUGAGGACGGCGUAGCCUCACCUCCUAUUACUGCUCAUAAAGCCAUUCUGGUAAGUCGUUCAAGAGUCUUCACAGCAAUGCUUGAGAAUGAGACGGAAGAAUCCCGUAGUGGCAUAGUAAGGAUCAGUGACGUCUCUUAUGAUGCGCUUCGAACGUUCGUCAGUUUUCUCUACACCACUGAAGUAUGUCUUGAUGAACAAAUGGCAUCCCAGCUUUUGGUAGUGUCAGAUAAAUUUGAAGUUACACACCUUAACGAUCGCUGCGAGAAGUAUUUGGUGACGAAGCUGACUCCAGAAAAUUCUCUCAUGGCGUAUGUCUUUGCACAACAGUACAACGCAAAACACUUGUCUAAUGCUGCAUUGACACAUAUUUUAGAUAAUAUGGAUAAGAUUAGUAAAACGGAGGAAUACAUGGAGCUCAAGAAAAGAGAUCCACAUCUUGUCGUUGACAUGUACGAGGCGUAUACAAUAAAAAAGUUGGAUAUUAAUCGUUUCGUGAUUAUGAAACAUGUUAAACUCUUCAAUUCUUUUGUCAUGCUUCUUUAG